AUGUAUACCACCAUGGCUGCUCCCAACGCACAUCGCUUCUUCUUUGAAGAAGGGGUUCACACACCAACUACCUUCUCCCACCCUCCCCCUCAGUCACCCGAGCCUGAGCGUCACGAGCAUAGGCGGCUCUCUGACACGUCAAGUGCUUCAUCCAGAGUCCAGUCACCACGCUCGGCCAUCUCGCCUCCUGGACCGAGCGAGACAUCGGACCAACAGCUACCCAAGCAGCCACUCCCGAGUCCUCGCGGCGGCCGGUCCCUCAGCUUGGCCCAGAUAGCCGGCCCCAUCAAGAGGAAGCCUCUGUCCCUGACGGCCUCGCCUUUGGCCACUCGGUACUCGUCCCCGCGUCUGCCCGAGCUCUAUGAGGACCUCCAACGCCCGGAGCAGAGGUUCGCCAGGUCCGUCUCGCUCGACAGCCCAACGCUGUAUGAGUUUCCAGGCCAGAGCAACCUCCUAGCAUCCAGCUCGCUGCGGGUUGUGGAACGCGCCCCAAGCCUGGACAGCAGCCGCCACCUAUCAUCUCCUACCGCCCAAGAGGACGGUGCGGAAGAAGACGUACAGCUACGAAACAUUGUUGAAAGGAACCCUGCCGCCUCUCAAACACCACACGCACACGAACCAAGCGGCCGCCUUAGCGCUAGGACGGUCAGUGUAGCCAGUCAGGAAUCAGAUUACGACCAGUUCGAAUACACCCACCUCUACUCUCCGGGUCCGGAGCAAGAGGCCGAGGGCAAACCCGCCACACACGUUAAUACCAACACCAAGACCAUGUCCUUCAUCUCACGAAAACAACCACCACCACACCUGGACCUCGGAUCACCCAUUGAAAGUGUGCCAGAGUCACCCGUCAGGACUGCCAGAGACAGUAAUCUUAACAAGCCGCUACCGAAAUCGCCAGCGUCCUCUAAGCUGGGCGCCUUCUUCGGCUGGGCCGCUUCACCGUCACGCUCCUCGGUAACAGAGUUCUCGGACGACAGAGCAUUGUCACCCGCCUCUCAGAAUCCAGUGACUGUCGUGACAGAGUCUGAGCCUUAUGACGUCCCACUGUCACCAAAGAGCCCAUCCGCCUACUCCAAUGACGACCUGCACAGCCCCGCCGUGCAGUAUUGUGAAUCUUACCUACAAACACCCGCAGACAGCACGACAUCGCUGGUUCAGAUCGAAGAGAUGGAAGACGAGUUGAAGGCCAUCGGCGCCGAACUGGCCGCAUCCAUUCGGCGAGAGAUGGAUCUGGAGGACCUCGUUGACAGGAUGCAGGAGCAGGUCAACAGUGCCCAGGUGCCGGGCAGAAGAACGAGCGACUAUUUCUCAGACUCUGGCUACAGCUCGGCCAGGUUUAGCGAAUAUGACCACGCCAAGGAAGAGGUGUCGCAAGUACAGCGCAGGGCCGAACAGGAGAGAGCCCAGCUCAGACUGGAGCUCACCACCAAGCUCCAAGAGGAGCGCACCAUGCGACGGCUGUUGGAUCAGCAAAUACAGGAAUUGCAACAAAAGGCAUCCGAGGUUGAUGUCGCCCAGCUGGGCAAUGCUGAGGCGAGCGACAGGGUCAAGGAGCUGGAGGCUACAUGCGAGGAUUUGACUCGUCGGCUUGCCGAGGAGCAGGAGUCCAAGAGCAACUUUGAGGACCUGCUUGCGGCGCUCAAGAGCGAGCUUCAAACGGCGUCAAACGAGCGGGACAACCUACGCGAUGAAAUCGUUCCUCAGUUGCGCAUGCGUGUCGAGGGGUUGGAGGCCGAGGCUGCCGAAAACGCCAGACUUGCCUACGACACGUCCAAGAUGCAGCAGGAGCUUGAGACUCUGAGGUCGCAGACGGCCGAGACGUCCAAGAUGCAGCAAGAGAUUGAGUCCCUUCGGUCACGGGAUGCCGACACUUCCAGACUGCAGCAGGAGAUUGAGAUUCUCAGGUCGCAAACUGCCGAUGCUUCUCAGAUGCAGCGGGAGAUUGAGGCUCUCCGGUCACUCAACUCGGAAACCUCCAAAAUGCAGCAGGAGCUCGAGGCUCUGCGGUCCCAAAAUGCCGAGCUCAAGCAGACCGGCACUCGCAUGUCUAUGGCCCUGUCAAGGUCGGCAUCGGUCACUGCCGGGUCUCUCAAGAACAAGAACCGCCCCGUGUCUCUCUCCCGGUCCAACAGCACGCGACCUGGUCCUGCGUCUACCGAGCCAAGAGAGGUCCUUGCCGACAGGUUGAAGGACGUCGAGGCUCAGCGUGAUGCGCUGCACAGUGCGCUCAGGAGCUUGCUUGAAAGACAGGAGCUCCAGAACCGCGAGAACGCCAAACGGAUUCGCCAGCUGGAGAUGGAACGGGACCGGUUGCUCACGGCUUCCCCCAAGAAGGCUGGCUAUGAAAGAGACGUCUCGAACCUUCGCGAGGAGAUUAAUGUGCUGCGUCGCCGGGCAGAAGAGGCUAUCGAGCAAAAGUGGCAGGUGGAAAAGGGGCUGGGUGGGCUCAAGAUGGAUCUCGACCGCGCCGAAGAGGAAAUCGCCACGCUUCGGAUCUUGCUGAGGGAGAAUGACAUUUUGGUUCCGGAAUCUCUGCUCCGUGCCAGCGGCAGCCACGAGGAGCGAGUCGCGCCUGUCACGUCGGCUUCUCUUGAAAAGGCGUAUAAGGGCCUGCAAGAUGCGUAUGCCGAGGCGUUGGAGAGAAUCAAGCAGCUGGAGGAGUCGGCCGGCUCGGAUGAAAGGAUGCAGCUUGCUAUUCAGAGGCUGGAGCAGUCGCUUUCGACGGCCGUGUCGGAGCGUGAGGAUGCCCGCUCGGAGGCGAGCUCUUUCAAGACUCGGCUCGAGAAUAUGCAAGCCUCGGAAAAGCAGCAGUUUGCCGUGGAGCAGGAUCUUGCUGAUCAGCUGCAAGAGUCUGCCCGUCGGGUGGAGGAGCUUGCCCAGCAGGUGCGCUCCCAGCUUGAUGUCAAUGCUGCUCUGCGCUCCCGUUUGGCCACCACCAUUGCCCGUGGUGAGGCUGAGCAGAGACUGAGCACCGAGCGCAUUGCCGGCAUGCAAAGCCGCCUUCGUGCGCUCGAGGAGCAGGUCGUCCACGCCCAGACGGGCGCUGAAGAGCGGGUGGCCCGCCACGAGGAAGAGCUGGCCAUGCUCAAGGACGCCCACAGCCACCAGCUCCAGCGCAUUCGCGACAAUGCUGGCAUUCUCCGCAGCCCACGACACUUUCCCUCCAAGUCGCCGCUGUCGCCCAUGUUUAGCCUCCGCAGCGUGUCCUCGCCCAACAACCUCAAGUCACCCCGCAUGUCGACGCCUCUUCUCUCGCCUUAUGGCACCGCCCGGCCAGACAUCAGGCGGUCUGCCAACUCGCUGGAUGGCAGCGACGGCACCAUGACGCAGCAGGUUGAGGUGCUCAAGGGGCGCGUGGCCGAGCUGGAGGGUGCCCUUGCUGCGGCGGAUGCCGAGAUGCAAGAGGUUGUGGGGAGGAUGAACAUUGCGCAGAUUGAGGUGAUGAACCUGCAGGAGCAGAGGGAGGAGGCGGUGAGGGAGACGAGGAGGCUGCAGAGGGUGAUUGAGGAGGAGAGGAUGAGGGUUUUUGAGGAGAGGUUUAGGGGGUUGUCUACCGAGGUGAGGUGA